AUGCCCAUUGUGUCGGUCCUGUCUGUUGGUGGGUCUUCUGCUACUAUCAUCUCAGCCACCUGCCUCUCCUCAGCCGCUACCUCCUAUAAUGUACGGAUUACUCGAGAUGACGACGAAAUGGACGAUUUCCUCACUGAUAAGCACAAGUCGAGUAGCGAGACUACUACUACCACCGCAGCAGAGGAGGUCUGUGAUGAUGACUAUAUUAAUUUGACCAAGUCCGAUUCCCUCGAAAUCGAGGGAGGGCUUGGCGGCUUCCACUUUGGGGACUCCCCGAUGCCUCCUACAGGAGGGUAUUAUCUUUUCCUCAUUCCCUCGUCCGAGGAAGUGUAA